UUCAAUAAACGAUCGUAAAUAUAUUAAUACAUAUUUAAGACUCUUUAAAAACAUAAAGAGAAACAUUUUAACGUUAAAACCAUACACACAGAGUGAAAUUAACAUCUCUAAAACUCGCUCACAAUUCUAGGAAGAUAACUGCCUUUACUCGUCUAUUUUCAGCAGCACUUUAGCCCCUGAGCGCUUUUAUAGUUCACCUGUCAUCACAGGAGACGUCGCCCAAACCUUUACUACAAGCUUGAGACGCCCCGCUUUCCGUCGUCCCGCCCUGCCUCGCCGCAAGGAUUCCUGGGAGGAGUAGUCCCCAGUCUGGCAGCUCUGCCGGCAGCAGCGACGCGCGCCGGGCCGCGGAACUACAAAGGGUGGUGCACAGGUCGCAAGGCUCUUCCGCCUCGCCUUUCCCUCCCCGCCGGCGCGCCCGCCCCAGCUAUCAUGGCGGCUCCCUUGGCCCUGGUGCUGGUAGUGGCCGUGACCGUGCGGGCUGCCUUGUUCCGCUCCAGUUUGGCCGAGUUCAUCUCCGAGCGGGUGGAGGUGGUGUCCCCACUGAGCUCUUGGAAGAGAGUGGUUGAAGGCCUCUCACUGUUGGACUUGGGAGUGUCUCCGUAUUCUGGAGCAGUAUUUCAUGAGACUCCAUUAAUAAUAUACCUCUUUCAUUUCCUGAUUGACUAUGCUGAAUUGGUAUUUAUGAUAACUGAUGCACUCACUGCCAUUGCCCUAUAUUUUGCAAUCCAAGACUUCAAUAAAGUUGUGUUUAAAAAGCAGAAACUCCUCCUAGAACUAGACCAGUAUGCCCCAGAUGUGGCUGAACUCAUCCGCACCCCUAUGGAAAUGCGCUACAUCCCUCUGAAAGUGGCCCUGUUCUAUCUUUUAAAUCCCUACACCGUCUUGUCUUGUGUUGCCAAGUCUACCUGCGCCAUCAACAACACCCUCAUUGCUUUCUUCAUUUUGACCACGAUAAAAGGUAGUGCCUUCCUCAGUGCUAUUUUUCUUGCCUUAGCAACAUACCAGUCUCUGUACCCGCUCACCUUGUUUGUCCCAGGACUCCUUUAUCUCCUCCAGAGGCAGUACAUACCCGUGAAAGUGAAGAGCAAAGCCUUCUGGGUCUUCUCUUGGGAGUAUGCCAUGAUGUACGUGGGAAGCCUAGUGGUAAUCAUUUGCCUCUCCUUCUUCCUUCUCAGCUCCUGGGAUUUCAUCCCUGCAGUCUACGGCUUCAUGGAGCACCCUGUCUUCUUCAUGUUCAUCCAGAUUGCCGUCAUCUCCAUCUUCAAGUCCUACCCGACAGUGGGGGACGUUGCCCUCUACAUGGCCUUCUUCCCCGUGUGGAAUCAUCUCUACAGAUUUUUGCGAAACAUCUUUGUCCUUGCCUGUAUCAUUAUCGUCUGCUCCCUGCUCUUCCCUGUCCUGUGGCACCUCUGGAUUUACGCAGGAAGCGCCAACUCCAAUUUCUUUUAUGCCAUCACACUGACCUUCAACGUUGGGCAGAUCCUGCUCAUCUCCGAUUACUUCUAUGCCUUCCUGCGGCGAGAGUACUACCUCACUCAUGGUCUCUACCUGACCGCCAAGGACGGCACCGAGGCCAUGCUUGUGCUGAAGUAGGCCUGGCUGGGCACAGGGCUGUACGGACUUCAUGGGGUGGGAAGGCCAGGAGCUGGGCCAAGCCCUCUAGCCAGAGUCGCCAGCAGACAAGUCCUCAGACAGAUGAGGUUCAAGUCCAGGGUCACAAAUCUUGGCACCAAAGGGGAGCCAAGGCUGGUAGCAAGGUCUGUGGGGCCUCGGUUGCCAGGAGCACCUCCACUUGGACUCCCCCGCCCCCACUUUGUCUCUGCACACCAAGGAGCCCCCUCCCAGGCAGGAAAAGGGAAGAAGGGUGAGCACGGUUUGUUAGGUUGUGGGUACUUAAAAAUAUUAAUAAAUUUUUUUGUUAUGAAGAUGUCUACCCUGGACCCACCCUGUACUCCGGGAAAGGGGCUUGGCCCCUAAUACUGCAUUGGUACACUACCCAAGGGUGUGGAUUUCCAGCAUGAACCCUAAGUCCACAGAACACAAGUCCGUGCACUGGUGAGCCAAGAAUAGCGUGAGACAGCUCCACCAGGAGUCCUCCCCACCCCUCCCAAGCAGCUGGAGGCAAAGGGCCAGGCAGGCCUGAGCAAUCUUUAUUCUGCAGAAGGACAGUGCCCACAGAUCCAUACACCAUGUCAAGGCCAAGUGAGCCAGGGGCCAGACCUUCAGGGGUGGGUGGGUCCAGGCAGGGGGUAGCGCCUCAGGUAGGGGAGGGGCAGAUGGACAGACAGGCAGGGGCCUAAAAAAAAAAAAAAA